GUGUCUUGUGGCUAUAAUAAUUAGGCGCCAUGGGUUAUUCCGUUGGCCAUUCGGUUAAUUAGCAAUUCGGUUAUUUCUUUCCACGAGCACCGGUUGUAACCGACUACUUGAUUGAUGCAAUCGCUCGUGCACAGAGGACCCUGAGCGCUUACAAGCUCCAUCACCUCUCGACGGUAACACGGCUCACUCGCCGGUAGGUUUGUUUGGCUGCUAACAAGCCCAGCUUGCCAGCUAAGCUAACAAAACUGCUGGAAUAUAAACAAUUAAGGUGAUAUACUUUAAUUGUAAACAGGUUCUGGCUGCACAGGUUGGUAGCCAUAUGCUGUGCGGUUGUUUCACUUGUGAGAACUGGAUAAGAGUCGAUCAGCCCAACGUGAUGAUUGACUGCUAGCCCGUGUUAGCUAGUUAGCGUAUCGAUGGCGGAAACAUGGACGAGAUCCAGCGGCACGUUGUGAUACGAAUUCAGCGAUUUAUUCUAAGCAGAGUGCCAGUAUGGUAGUUCCAGACAGCACCACUGUGGUCCACCAGCCUGACAACGGCAGCUCCAGUGGCCUCAUGGAGAUCCCACAACCGGGGUAUGAGGAGGAGGAGGAGCAGGACUUGACUGGGGUGGAGCUGGAGGAGGUGCGCAAGCUGCAGGAGCUUGUUCGUCGACUGGAAGUCCAGAACCAGACACUCCGUAACAGAGGAAGCAAGAACAUUCUCCAUGGAGGAGCCAGCAGCAACAGCAACCUUACAGCUGGCACCAAUAUCAAUGAGAGGCUCUCUUGUGAAGGGGUGAGUCACUCCCACCACAGGUUGGAGCAACGUGUGGAGCCAGGCAGCAGAGACUUUGAGUUGUCUCCUCCACAGGACAGUAGCAGCAGUGGUGAAGAUAUGUCUCCUCUCCCUGUGGCCAACAGACUAGAGGAGGAAGAGGAGGAGGCAGCUGGAGAUGGGGGGCCAUGUGGGGGCUUUCUGACCUUGCCUUGCGGUAAAGGAUCGGGACAGGCUCAGGGGCAAAGCCAGACACCAGAGAGCCCCUCUCAGGACAGUUAUGAGUCAGAGACCCUUGCAGAGAGUGACUCGGGGGUGGACCAGACUGCGCUGGACGAGGUGGAUGUCCUAGAUCUUGAAGAUGAGUGUGCAGAGGUGGAUGACGAAGGCAGUUGGUUGUAUGUGUCUCCUAAAAAGCAAGUUGCAGAACCGGGUCCAGACUCUCCACUGAAGUGGUGCCGGAAGGUUCUUGACCAUCCCAGCCCAGAGACAGAAGUGGCAUGUCGGACAUUGAUCAGUCGUUUGGACCAGACCUCUCGAUGGAGAAACAUGUACAGCAGUCCCAGCUUGGCAGAGGCUGGCCCAGCAGGCUCUGGCCUGAUCUCUCCUGGGUACCACAAAUCGACUAACAAAUCCCUACUAACCUGUGGCAGCUCAGGCCUUGCGAGCAUGCAGUCGGCUCUGAGCUCCCAGUCUUCCAUUGAUAGUGAGCUCAGCACAUCUGAUGACUCCAUCUCCAUGGGUUACAAGUUGCAGGACCUUACAGAUGUUCAAAUCAUGGCUCGUCUACAGGAAGAGAGCCUGAGGCAGGACUAUGCCUCUAGCUCAGCCUCUGUGUCACGGCGGAGCUCUACAGCCUCUUUACAGUCCCUGCGCAGGGGUGGCACUUACAGUGACCAGGAGUUUGACAGUUACAGUCUUGAGGAUGAAGAAGAUGAAUGCUGCUCCCUGCCCUACCGCCGCCAUCGCUUCACCCCCUCCCCUCUUGGUUCACCUCGAUGCCUUUCUCCCUCCACCUCCAACCACGGGCAGGAAUACAGCAGCCGACUAGGUGCCCCACGCACAAGAACGCCCCGGCGCUCUCUCCAGGGCCCUAGCCCAGAGCUGCUCAAGUUUGCCAAGAGUGAGGAGGAGUUGAGGCACAGCAUGCCUAAUCUGGCCCCUCGCACCAGCCUGCGUUCCCUGGAGGCAGUCAGAAACAGCCGCAGCAUGGAGGCUAACCUCCAGAGCUCUGGCAAUCGCAUGUCCCGCCUGACCCACUCCCUCUCCACAGGUAUGGGUUGCAGUAGGUUGCGUAGCAAUGGCCAGUCUCCUCUCUCCCUCCGGGCUCCAGUGAAAGCCACAAGCCCCGUGGGUUCAAUGGCAGCAGCUCGACAGCCAACCAGAGGACUGCCUGUUGUCCAAGCAGCGCCAUCUGGGGGGGUCCGCAGGGUCCAGUCCCCAGGACCUGGAAACGGGGGAGCGUACCUACCUGGAAGAGCUUCGACUGGGGCAGGGAGGCAGGCAGUGGGCCGAGGACAGGCUACACCAACAGCAUCCACCAGGAGUAGGCUGUCACAACCCUCCAGAAGGUCACUGGGCAUGACGAAAAUUACAGAUGAAUCUUGGAAAGAUGGCUGUUACUAAGUCUUGAUGGUGCUGGAGGAUAUCAAUGCUGAAACCAUCACCUCUCUCCUUUUACCUCACAUAGUACAAAGACCACAACCAUGGUUCUCAAAUUUACUGUACUGCCUCUCAAUCUUUCCCUUGUGAGUGGAGCACUGGGCUGCGCUGAACCUGUAGAUAAGAAGAAUCGCUUACCCUAGCAUGAAAACACUCUCAUCUUACAGACACAAAAAGAGAGGGACUUGAGGACAGACAAAAAGGCACACGUACAUGCCCCACUUGCUGUAUGGACCAAUUCAGAGCUUCCAUAUUUGUUUGUGUCAGUUUUUUUAUUGUAAUUACAAGAGACUGCUGAUAGAAUAAGGAUUGCAAUUGGUUGUCAAUGUAGUUGAAAUUAAGAUUUGAUUUGUUUGUUCUUUUUUUCUGUGAAUUCCUACUAGAUGGAGAUAUGAGUGUUGCAUGCUUGGUUUCCUUCCUCUUCUCUAUGCUCCUGUAUAGUGUUUUAAAUAAGAUGUAAUGCAAUCUGUUGUAUCUUCCAAACCUCCCACGUUGAUCUAUGGGUGAAUUUAUGAACAUUUCAGUGGUUUGCUAAUUUCUCUCAAAAUUGGUGUUGUACUUGUCACGCUGUUUGCUGACACAGCAAUGCAACUUCUUUAGACAACACUGCCCUUAAAAAUACAAGAAACAUGUUGGAGGGUGGGGGGAUUAUUUGUGCCAAUGUGCAUUUCAGCUGCAGCACUCUUUUUAAUUCCAGGAGAAUUUUACUGUAAGGUACUGAAUUUUUACUUCAUAUCUAUAACAGGAUUUGAGUGUUUGCUUUUGGGUACCACUGUUAUAAAGACAAUGUUUAUGCACGAAGGCCUUGUGCCUUACAGACUGCUAUGCACACUCUUGCAGAGUGCCUCUGAGAAUUAGGAGCCGUUUAAAAAUUUAAUAAAGUCUACCCAUAAC